AGAGUGCUCACUGGUAUUACGAAGAUACCGUUGUCGAAAACGACAAAACCCUAAAGUCGCUGUCCUUUAGAGAGUUUACUUGCCUCCUAUUCAACAACUCUGAUCUGUUGAGACCUCAAGUUGCAAACAUGGAUAGGAUAUUCAGAGACUUUGGUGCUUACAAGUCUCGAGUCCCCGUCGCUGGUGCGAUUAUCUUGGACGAGACAUACGAGCGUUGCUUGCUGGUCAAGGGAUGGAAACAAUCAUCGAGCUGGAGCUUUCCACGUGGGAAGAAGAACACGAAUGAAGAAGAUGAUGUUUGUGCUAUACGCGAG